UCCGCGCGGCUCGGAUCCCGCGCCGCUGCUACGGUCGGGAGUGGGUGGAGGAGAAGCCGGGGCAGGGGAGGAGCCGCCGGAGCUGCCGGAGCCGUCCCUUGGGAGAAACUUGAAGUGUCCAGGCUGAUACGGGGAUUUUUCCUGUGAGCUCUAAAUGGUGUGAGAUCAUCCCAGAGCCAGAAAUGGCUACAGUCUUGGAACUAGAGGACCAGGAUCUUUGGGAAGAAGAGGGAAUUCUGAUGGUCAAACUGGAGGAUGAUUCCAUCUGCAGGCCAGAGUCUGUCUUACAGAGGGAUGACCCUGUGCUGGAAACCUCUCACCAGAACUUCCGAUGUUUUCGCUACCAAGAAGCUGCAAGCCCUMGAGAAGCUCUCAUCAGACUCCGAGAACUUUGUCAUCAGUGGCUGAGGCCAGAAAGGAGGACAAAGGAGCAGAUCCUAGAGCUGCUUGUGCUAGAGCAAUUCCUCACCGUCCUGCCUGGGGAACUACAGAGCUGGGUGCGGGGCCAGCGGCCAGAAAGUGGCGAGGAGGCAGUGACGCUGGUGGAGGGUUUGCAGAAACAACCCAGGAGACCAAGGCGGUGGGUGACUGUCCAUGUUCAUGGCCAGGAAGUCCUGUCAGAGGAGACAGUGCACUUAGGGGCAGACCCUGAGUCAUCUUGUGAGCUACAGGAUGCGGCACAGACCUCAAGCCCUGAGCAAUUCCAUGAGGAAGCCACCCGGAACCCAGAUCUGGGGAUGCCAGAAGAGCGGAGCCUGCGCCAUGAAGAGGAGUUCCAGCCCCUGCAGGAGAGCGAGGUUCCAGUGUACCAGGACUCAGACCUUCCUGCAGAGAGGAAUUCUGGAGACCCAGAGAUGGUUGCCCUUCUUACUGCUCUGUCACAGGGCCUGGUAACCUUCAAGGAUGUGGCUAUAUGCUUUUCCCAAGAACAGUGGAGUGAUCUGGAUCCAACACAGAAAGAAUUCUAUGGAGAAUAUGUCCUGGAAGAAGACUGUGGAAUUGUGGUCUCUCUGUCAUUUCCAAUCCCCAGACUAGAUGAUAUCUCCCAGGUUAGAGAAGAAGAGCCUCAGGUCCCAGAUAUCCAUGAGCCUCAAGAGCCUGAAGAGCCAGAAAUCCUGAGUUUUACCUACACAGGAGAUAGGAGUGAAGAUGAGGAAGAGGGUAUUGAGCAAGAAGAUCGGAGUUUAGAGGAUAUACACAGGUCUGUUUUGGGAGAUCCAGAAAUUCAUCAGACACCAGAUUGGGAAAUAGUCUUUGAAGAUUAUCCAGGUAGACUUAAUGAAAGAAGAUUUGGUACAAAUAUUUCUCAAGCUAAUAGUUUUGUGAAUCCUCAGGAAACCAUUCCUGUCCACUCCCUGUUAGGGAGGCACCAUCACUGUUCUGUAUGUGGGAAAAACUUCACAUGUAACUCCCACCUUAUUAGGCACCUGAGAACUCACACAGGAGAGAAACCAUAUAAAUGUAUGGAAUGUGGAAAAAGUUACACACGGAGCUCACAUCUUGCCAGGCACCAAAAGGUUCACAAGAUGAAYACUUCUUACAAAUAUCCCCUAAACCGAAAAAAUGUAGAUGGGACUGCAUCUCUGAUCCAGGCUGAAAAAACUCCACCCGUGGAGAAACCCUACAGAUGUGAUGACUGUGGAAAGCAUUUCCGCUGGACUUCAGACCUUGUCAGGCAUCAGAGGACACAUACAGGAGAAAAGCCAUUCUUCUGUACUAUUUGUGGCAAAAGCUUUAGCCAGAAAUCUGUGCUAACAACACACCAAAGAAUCCACCUAGGGGGCAAACCCUACUUGUGUGGGGAGUGUGGAGAGGACUUCGGUGACCACAGGCGGUAUCUAGCACACCGGAAGACACAUGCAGCUGAGGAGCUCUACCACUGCAGUGAGUGUGGGCGCUGCUUCAACCAUAGUGCAGCAUUUGCCAAGCACCUGAGGGGACAUGCCUCAGUGAGGCCCUGUCGGUGCAACGAAUGUGGGAAAAGCUUCAGUCGGAGGGACCACCUCGUCAGGCAUCAGCGAACACACACAGGAGAGAAACCAUUUACCUGCCCUACCUGUGGGAAAAGCUUCAGCAGAGGAUAUCACUUAAUCAGGCAUCAGAGGACCCACUCAGAAAAGACCUCCUAGCUUGGUGCCCAUGGGAGAUCCGUACUUAGUCCUCACCCAGCAUGAGAUGGGAGAAGCUCUCUGGUCAGCUUGGGGGGACCUUUUCUAAACUCUUCCUAACCCACCCAGACCAUAAAUAGCCUCUUUCCACCACCAAAUAAAAGUUCCAGGAAGAACCACUUAAUCUUCUGUAUCUUGAGGAGAUAUUUUAUCCAAAGUACAGCCUGAAUUGAGGCUUUUCCACUGGAAGGCUCCUGCCUCUAUCUCAAGGGUAUGAAGUAGGAGAGUUAGAAGAUUUAAGAGGUUAUUACAUUUUCUGGAAAAUAGACUGUUACAUAUCCUCAAGACUACUUACCAGCCUCAAGUUUAAAAUAGCCAAGGACAACCCCUUCAGUUUGGUAAGGGACCAGCCUAAAGGGUACUGUCCUUACUGGGCUCAAAUCCUAAAGCACACAGCACUGAACUCAAGACCAAUUUUUGUCCUGGUAGCUUUGCCACACACAGGAUAACUACAGAUCCUUCACUGUCUGACUCACUUCUUCACCAUGUACCUUCUUUGAUGCUGGGGAGAAAUGGGAGAAGUGUUAGAGGGCAGAAACCUCAAGGCUGCUUCAUUUGGAUCUUAGCAAGCUGCUCCUUUCCCCAUUGUCAAAAUGUUACUGGUGCCAGAAAUUAGAAAGGAAGGUCUCGUCACAAGUCUCUUCCUUGUCUUUUUUGUUGUUAUUGUUAUUUGUUUUGUUUUUGUUCCCUGUCUAAAUGUUCAUGCCUCUGGCCUUCCUACUCUUCAACCAGUCUAAUCUCUUGGUUGUAUGCCUGGCACUUCUGCAAGUGAGAUGUAGCACUGUAGUGCUGAGGGAUUCAGUAAAGCAUAAUUAAAUCUUAAUGAAAUCAUUUACGUUCCCACAUAUGUAGAAGCUCACCCUUUCCCUCUCUCCUUUGCUUGGGUUGUGAGGGGAUUUGAACAGUAUCCAUUUACAAAGGCACUUUUAACAAUUACAGAACCAUGAUUGACUGGGUCACUUCAUUUACAUGAAGAAAAUUAGAGAGAAUCUAAGAUUAAACUAUGGAAAAAUAGGAAAAAAAUGUUGCUGCAGGCCAAGACCAUCAGUAAUAUUUUCCUGACACACAGUCCCAAUCAUCCCUGCCUCAGUUCCUAAUGUCAGGGGAAAUUAUGAAACCCACCACCCGGGACCCUGAGGAGUUAACUAAGAGUAAAUGGCUUUCAUGUUUCUGUGUUUGAUUUUCCUUAUGUGAUUUUAUUUUCAUGUAAUUAAGAACUAAAUAGUAAAAAAAAAAAAACUAAAUAGUAAUAUCUCCUGGUGGUCCAAGGGUCUCUCUUCAAAGCUCCAUGGAGAUGAGCCAAAUAAUUAUGAACCUCACCUGCUUGGAUCCUAGGAGUGUCAAAGACUGGAGAGACAUCCUCCAUAAAUGGUGCGCAGGGUAUGAGAUUAAAGCAUGGAGAGGAGACAGUCUUCUGUGCCUGAUUUCUUCUGCUCCUAUCACAAUCCAUUGUAUGCUGGUAUAGACCAGAGGAAUACAGUGGGUUGAGUGGACCCGCCCUUAACAGCCCAACAAAGAAAUUUUUUAGCCAUUAAUAAUAUUGAACUGGUUUGGUUUUAAUACCAGUUCUACAAUUG